CAGCCAACCAAGAAAAUCAAUUUGGUCUCUGUCUCUAUGAUUGGACUUUCGGAAUUUUGUAUCUAUAAGUAGUGGCGUUUGGGGUCCUUUGUUUUGCACAGAGCACAGAAGAAACUCAACUCAAAAGCUUGGUUUUUCUUCCUCUUAAUCUUUCACCCAAAACAGCAUAUAUAGCACACUGAGAGUGAUCAGAGAGAGAGAGAGAGAGAUAGCAAUGGCUGGUGCUGCUACUUCUGCAAUCAAAUCAGUUCUCACUAGGCAUCUUCAUGCUUCUCCGGGAAGCAAAAAGAUUGUGGGGGUGUUUUACAAAGCCAACGAAUAUGCUGCCUUGAAUCCCAAUUUUGUGGGUUGUGUGGAGGGAGCCUUAGGCAUACGUGAUUGGCUUGAAUCACAAGGUCACCAGUACAUUGUCACUGAUGACAAAGAAGGACCAAACUCUGAACUUGAGAAACAUAUUCCCGAUCUUCAUGUUCUCAUAACUACCCCCUUCCAUCCGGCCUAUGUUACGGCUGAGAGGAUCACGAAGGCCAAGAAUCUGCAAUUGCUGCUCACAGCUGGAAUUGGUUCUGAUCAUAUUGAUUUGCCUGCUGCUGCUGCUGCUGGAUUAACAGUCGCAGAGGUCACGGGAAGCAAUGUAGUUUCAGUUGCAGAAGAUGAGCUCAUGAGAAUCCUCAUUCUUGUCCGGAACUUCUUACCUGGAUACCAUCAAGCUAUUAGUGGAGAAUGGAAUGUUGCAGCUAUUUCUCACAGGGCUUAUGAUCUUGAGGGAAAGACAGUUGGAACUGUUGGUGCUGGGCGAAUUGGCAAACUUUUACUUCAACGUUUGAAACCUUUUAAUUGUAAUCUCCUUUAUCAUGAUCGUCUCAAGAUGGACCCUGAAUUAGAGAAUCAGAUCGGUGCAAAGUUUGAGGAGGAUCUUGAUGCAAUGCUUCCCAAAUGUGACAUAAUUGUCAUCAACACACCUCUCACUGACAAGACAAGAGGUUUAUUUGACAAAGAUAGGAUUGCAAAGUGUAAGAAGGGAGUCCUGAUUGUUAACAAUGCUCGAGGAGCAAUCAUGGACACACAAGCAGUUGCUGAUGCUUGUUCUAGUGGCCAUGUUGCAGGUUACAGUGGUGAUGUUUGGUUCCCACAACCUGCUCCAAAGGACCACCCAUGGCGUUAUAUGCCUAACCAUGCUAUGACCCCUCAUAUUUCUGGUACCACCAUUGAUGCACAGUUACGAUAUGCUGCUGGAACUAAGGAUAUGCUCGAGAGGUACUUCAAGGGUGAAGAAUUUCCUUCACAAAACUACAUUGUCAAGGAGGGUAAACUAGCAAGCCAGUACCAGUAAAAGCUUGUGCUUCUUGUGUGAUGAUCUGAGUUUGUUUUCUUCUGUCAGCAAGGUCCUGAAAUAAAUUACUUGCUUUUUAAGGUUUCUAAGUUUUCUGUUUUAAAUCUGUAAUGAGAACUAAUGAUGGUUAUAAUUCCAUCGACUUUUAUGUUAUCUUAGCAUGCAAUGGUGAAUUUCUUGUGCUUUUGAA